AUGGAGCUGUCACAUCUUAUUCAGAGUUCUCAAGUAGAGAAUGUACGGGUGUACUGCCCCCUAAAACCUCCUGUCACUGGGACUUUGUGUGUGAGCAGCCAUCACCUUCUACUUUCUGCCCAUCCUCUGGAGGGCAAAAGACUGGACAAAUGUGAACUCUGGCUUCUGCACUGUGCCGUGGAUUCUGUAGAGAAAAGUGUGCACAACGUAGCCGUUUUGAAGAACAAGGAAAAUGGCCAAGAGGGGGAAAGCAGGAGCAGUUCAGGAAUUGUCACACUCAAGUGUAAAGACUUGAGGGUCAUCCAGCUGGAGAUACCUGGCAUGGAGGAGACGCUGAAUGUUGCCCGCUCGGUGCAGGCUCUCUCCUCGGUGGAUUCUGUUACCCUGACCUACCCAUUUUUCUUUAGACCUGCUGGAUGCAAGCUGGGUAAAGGAUGGCCAAGGGACACCAUGGAAACAUUUUACAGCAAACUAAAAGCUGAGACAGACUCUUGGAGAUUGAGUCAUGUGAACGCGGGUUUUAAACUUUGUCCUAGUUACCCAGAAAAGGUUAUUGUGCCUGGAUCCUGUUCUGAUGAUUCUCUGAGGAAGGCUGCAGCUUUCAGGCAAGGACACAGGUUUCCAAUACUUAGUUACUACCACCGAAGCAAUAAAGCGGUUAUGUUGCGCUCUGCUCAGCCUCUGGUUGGCCCAACACAUCGUAGGUGUGAAGAAGAUGAGAUACUGCUGAAUGUUGCGCUAGCAGGGCAGUUAUGUGGCUUUAUCAUCGACAUUCGCAGUGAACAUGAUUCCAGGCAAGCACGAAGCAUGGGAGGUGGCACUGAGAACAAGGAUAGGUACCCUAACUGGAAGGUGCUUUACAGUCCGUUAGAAAGGGGACGUGCUCUGCAGAUUAGCCUGACACGGCUUGUUGCUGCUUGCUAUGAACCAUGUCUUGGAAUAAACCGAUGGCUUUCCAGGUUGCUGACUUCACAUUGGAUGACCCACGUCAGAGAAGCUCUGAGCACUGCAGGUCUGGCUGUUGAAUGUAUAGAGAGAGUGGGUACCUGUGUACUUGUUCAUGGUGAGGAAGGUACUGACAACACCCUGCUUGUGACUUCCCUUGCUCAACUGAUUCUAUCCCCUGACAGUCGUACCUUGGCUGGUUUCCAGGACCUUAUCGAACGUGAAUGGCUACAGGCAGGACACCCAUUCCAGCUACGCUGCGCCCGAUCUGGAUGGUCACAGGAGCGCGCUCAACAGGAGUCACCCAGUUUCCUGCUUUUCCUGGACUGCUGCUGGCAACUUACUAGGCAAUUUCCUAGGGCAAUGGAAUUUAAUGAGAGUUUUUUGUGCAUGCUGGCAACCCAUGCAUACAGUUCAGAGUAUGGUACUUUCUUGUGCAACAGUGAAAAGGAAAGGUCUCUACAUAAAGUCCGAGAACAGACUCAUUCCCUUUGGGGAUUUCUCAAUAACUUUGCAGUGAGGCAAAACCUUCUGAAUCCCAUCUAUGACAAAAACCCAUUAGUCAUCUGGCCAUCAGUAGCACCACAAAGCUUACAACUGUGGGAAGGUUUCUUCCUUCGUUAUUUAAUGCCUGCAGAACACAAAGAAAUGGUCUGGCAAAGAAUUCAGGAGCUUGUAGGUGAAGAGCACAAAUAGAACUU